UCUCUAUCCUCGACGAUAUCAACGCCUCUUCUCAGUCACUUCCAAAGCGAAAGAAAAAAACGGAAAUGCCGAUAACUUCAAAACCCCAAAAUUCGUUGGCGACGAAUCCCUCGUUCGACUCUCAAUCUGAUAAAUACAGCGAAGAAUCCAAUCGAAUGUCCUUUCCCUUCAAUUCGAUUCUUCGAUUCUUCAAGACCUCGAUCUCGUUCCAGCAUUCCUUGAUAUCUCGAUUACUAAGACUCUCAAAUGGAAGUGAAAUCCUCGUCUCAGCUUGGAGGUGCCUACGUUUCGGCAGAUCCUUCCCAUUAGUUGGCUGUGCAAGUUUGGUAUUAGAGCAAGCUUCAAUGACUGGAUUGAAGUCCUGGAUCAACAACAAUCUUGAUAUUCUACUUCCAGCAGAAAAUUCAGUCACAGAUGAUCGACUCAGAUGGCCCAUACCGGCUUCUCUACUGUUCUAGUAAGGGCGACAAAGAUGGUGUAAUUCAGGAAAUACGGAAAGGAGUAUCUCCAAAUCUAGCAGACUAUAACAAGAGAACUGCACUUCAUUUAGCAUCUUGUGAAGGCUUCACGGAAAUUGUUGUUUUGCUUCUUGGGUAUGGAGCUGAUGUGAACUCUACAGAUUGCUGGGGUCACACUCCUCUGGAAGACGCUCGUAGCUUUGGUCACGAGGAGAUCUGUAAGAUAUUGAAGACAAAAGGUGGAAUUAAUCUGGUGGGGCUUGAUUCUCCAUGCUAUGAAAUUGAUUACUUUGAGGUCGACUUGGAAAAUAAAACUCUUAUUGAAGAAGGAACAUAUGGGGAAGUUUAUUUAGUGAGAUGGAGGGGUACAGAAGUUGCAGCAAAAACCAUUCGUUCUUGUCUUGCAUCAAAUUCCAGGGUGAAGAGUAUCUUCAUGAAGGAAAUUGCUCUCUGGCAAAGGUUGCGCCAUCCCAACAUAGUGCAGUAUCUUGGUCUUAUGAAGCACCCUGAUCGCUUGAUCGUCCUCAAUGAGUAUCUGCGGAAUGGAAGUUUGUAUGAUAUUCUAAGAAAGAAGGGAAAACUUGAUCCACACACAGCUGUAGCUUAUGGUCUAGAUAUUGCAAGAGGCAUGAAUUAUCUUCACCAGCGUAAACCCAAUGCAAUCAUACACAGGGAUUUAACACCAAGAAACAUCUUACUAGACGAAGCAGGGCACCUUAAGGUCACAAAUUUUGGUUUAAGCAAGAUAUUACAAGAAGAAUAUGCAUAUAGUCCAUAUAAAAUGACUGGAGGAACAGGUUCAUAUCGCUACAUGGCACCAGAGGUUUACCGUCGAGAAUCAUAUGGAAAGAGUGUUGAUGUCUUCUCGUUUGCCCUUAUAUUACAUGAGAUGUUCCAAGGAAAACCAGCAAACCAGGCAGAAGCACCAGAAGCAGUGGCAGACAGGCGAGCGUAUGAAGAUGCCCGUCCGUCUCUCACAUCACAUGUAUUCCCAAAAGCGAUCAAGAUCCUCCUUGGCGAUUGCUGGCACAAGAAUCCGGAGUUCCGACCAUCGUUCGAGCACAUUAUCGUGCAGCUGGAGCACAUCCAAGAGAAUCUAGUAAGCAAGAAAGCCAAGAGAGUUUUCCGUGGCUGCCUCUUCUAAUAAGCAUGCAGAGGGUGUGUGUGUGUGUGUGUGUGUGUGUGUGUGUGUGUGUG